AUUGGCUGCUGAUGGUGAAUGGUGGAAUUCUCCCCGCUUUCCACUUCAAACUCUGUGCCAGGUUAGAGCUGCCAUACAAGGAGGUCUACGCACCUACAUUUGCCGCUGUGUGCUGCCCAUAAAUGUCUUUAAUGAGAAGAUCUUUUCAGUCGUCUGGUUCUUUCUCGCUCUCAUCCUUCCCCUCAACACUAUCAGCUUGGGCAUCUGGAUCUGGCGCAUCUUCCCUUGCAACCGCCUAGCCUUCGUCCGGCUCACUUUGUGGAGGACGCGUCUCUUCAACCUCUCCGAGAUAUCCCGAGCUUCCAAGAAGGUAGAGACAAGUUAUCUCGGGUGGGAUGGGGUCUUCGUGCUGAGGCUCAUCGAGCACAACCAUGGGAGCAAUCUAGCCACCGUCAUCCUGGGCAAACUCUGGGAGUUCUAUGCCAACCAAAUGAAGGCCCAGGAAGAAGGCGCGGUCGACCUCGAAAUGGGACGUCCGGGGGAGAUGGGAAGCGUGACCUCGGUGGCACCGUCCACCUCAUGGCACUCAUGUCAUGCAGGCGCGUGUCACAUUGGACACUUCACCAAUCAACAGAAGCAGAGGUCUGCCGCACCCCCGCACAACGGUUAUUGGAGCAAGUGCUCAUGAUCCCAGCAGGAAGACUCUAGAACUCUAGGUGCUUCAAUUUUUCCAAUUGCUAUUUCUCUAAACAAAACAAAAUGAAUCUGGAUAUUGGAUGGGAACAUUUUUCUUUGAUAUUCAGUUCUUAAGAUCAGUGUGUUGUCUGACCAUCGUUUUGAAAACUAUUGAUUACUUUUCUCGACAAGCCCAAGUUGUUUGUCUUCCAGUGUGUACCCCAAAAGUUGCCUACGAACAACAUCAGGAAACUCUGGAAUGAAUUAUUUUAAUAUUUGUAUUCCAGUACAUCCUAGUGCACCA